AUCUUUCCAUCUACACGCCGAAGGCAGCCCACUUGAUAAAAAGCUGAAAUUCUAUCUGCCUUUCAAUAGGACAUUUUACCUCGGGUAGAAUCAACGAAUGUCGCAUUACCCGGACUCUGGCCUCAACGUCCAUUUUUCAGCGUAACUGGACGAAAGAGAUGUCCACCAAGGCAAAGGCCACCUCGAAUCUGACUAGAGUACUUAAUGCUUAAAAAGUCUUUUAUUCACACCCAUCAGCUGGUGCUAUUGUCCCGGACGUAAGGACUUUUGUUUCCUCUCCACUCAAAACACUUCCUUUCAAACUAUUCAGGCACUCUUGUUUAAUCCUCCGCCGCUCCCGGAUCAAGCCAUCAUGCCCAUCGCGGAGCUCUUUCUUGGCGCCCUUCUUCCUGUGCUGUUCCAGAGGUUGGCCUCUCCCGAGCUGCUCGACUUUGCACGCCGUGAGGGGAUUGAUAACCUGCUGAAGAAAUGGGAGAAGAUGCUGAAUAGCAUCAAUCAAGUGCUGGAUGAUGCAGAGGAGAGACAACUGACCAGCACUCCUGGGGUGGAGUCGUGGCUCAAAGAUCUCGGGAACUUGGCCUAUGACAUCGAAGACUUGCUUGAUGAGUUCGCCACAAAGUCUGCGGAAAAUAAUUGCAAGGCACAACUCGGCAACAGCAAGGUGCGCUCCCUUCUUCCGAGUUGUUGCUUCAAAUUGAGCCCGAGAGCAUUUAUGUUUGACCGUAAAAUGAGAUCCACAAUCAAAGAGAUGGAUAACAAACUACAAGAUAUCAUCACUCGGAAAGAUACUUUUAACUUUGGAGAGAAUAAUGGGAAUCGAUCAGCAUACCGUCGACAAGAUAAGCCGCUUCCCACCACAUAUUUGCCCGAGCCUGGUUUUGUUAGUCGGAAGGAUGAAAUAAGCGAGAUCCUUGAAUUAUUGACCAAAGAUGAAGACGAUAGAACAUGUGCAAAUCUAAAAGUGAUACCCAUCGUAGGGAUGGGGGGUGUGGGGAAGACGGCUUUGACUCAACAAGUUUACAAUGAUGCGAGAGUCACUGACUAUUUCGAUGUGAAAGCAUGGGCUUGCGUUUCCGAAGAUUACAACGUGCUUGCUAUCACAAAGAGUAUCCUAGGGAUAACCAACGGUCAUUUGUCCUGUGAAGGUAAGGACUUCAAUUGGCUUCAAGAUAAGCUCAAGGAACACCUUGCGGGGAAGAAGUUUCUUGUCGUUUUAGACGAUGUUUGGAAUGAGAAUUAUGGAAAUUGGACUACUCUAUUGAAGCCUUUUCAAUCGGGAGCGAAGGAAAGCAGGAUCAUCCUCACCACUCGUAACAAGAGCGUUGCUUCAUUAGCCAGUGCUCCACCAUAUUAUCUCAAAGAGUUGUCACAAGAUGCUUGUAUGACUCUGUUGGCAUUUCAUGCUUUCGGAGUAGGAAAUUUCGAUCAUCAUCCAGAUCUUAAAGUAUUAGGCCAUAAAAUAGCGGAAAAAUGCAAAGGGUUGCCAUUAGCAGUAAAAACAUUGGCCGGGCUGCUACGCCAUAAAGUCAAUCCCCAAGAAUGGAAAGCUAUAUUGAAUAGCAAAAUUUGGGACCUAAGAAAUGAGAUCCUUCCGGCUUUGAAACUUAGUUAUCUUCAUCUACCUUCCAAUCUGAGGAGAUGUUUUGCUUACUGUGCUAUAUUUCCAAAGGACUACGAAAUUGAACAGGACAACUUGAUCCAUUGGUGGAUUGCAGAGGGCUUGUUGGAGGUAAAAGAAGCAAAGAACCUUUGGAAUACAGGUUUGAAUUAUUUUAAUGAGCUAGUAUCUAGAUCAUUAUUUCAAAAGUCGAGUAUAAACGGAUCACAAUUCUUGAUGCAUGAUCUUGUGAAUGACCUUGCAAAGCUAGUUGCUGGUGCAACUUAUUUUAGCCCAGAGGAGUUUGAGUUUGAGGGUAAUCAAAGUAAUGCAUCUUUUGCUCGUCAUGCCUCAUUCAUUCCCAGCGAUCGCAUUGUGCCGAAAAGACUCGAGAUAUAUCAUCGAAUGAAAGGACUUAGGAGCUUCAUAUCAUUACGAAAGCCCUAUGGUUGGUUUUGCUUGUCCCAGAAAGUGCUAUGUGACUUGUUGUCGAUAGUAAAGUACUUAAGGGUGCUUUCAUUGAGUCAUUAUCGAAUAAGAGAGGUACCAGAUUGCCUUGGCAAACUGAGGCACCUAAGGCACCUUAAUCUGUCGUAUACUAAUAUCGAAAUGCUUCCAAAGUCGAUUGUUGCAUUAUAUAACCUAGAGGCUUUGAUGUUGCGGGCCUGUGAAUACCUUACUGAAUUACCGAAAGGUAUGGAGAAAUUGAUCAAUCUAAAAUUUCUCGACGUUACCGAUACUCCAAACUUAAGAGCGAUGCCAAUGUAUAUAGGUAAUUUGGUGGGUCUUGAGAUGCUGUCCAAAUUCGUAGUGGGAACAAAAAAUGGGUUAAGGUUGAAGGAGUUAAAAAACUUGAAAGACCUCAAAGGGGAGUUGUGCAUCUCUAAUUUGCAUAAGGUUCAAGAAGUUGGAGAUGCUAAGGAGAUCGAUUUAAUCACGAAGGAGGGAAUAUGUCGGUUAACCAUGCAGUGGAGUCCAGAUUUUGAAAUUUCUCGGAAUGAAGACCUUGAAGCAGAGAUCCUUGACUUUCUUCACCCUCACCAAAACCUUGAAAAUCUCGUGAUAUCCUACUAUGGUGGCCUAAAAUUCCCGUCAUGGUUAGAAAGUCCCCCACAUCUUAACAUUGUGCAUUUACGUUUACAUGGAUGUUGCAAGGCCAAAACGUUGCCAUCACUUGGGCAGCUAUCUUCGCUUAAAGAAAUGUAUAUUGAAGGUCUAAAUGCUAUAUGCACGAUAGGGUCUGAAUUUUAUGGAAAUGAUGAUAGUUCUUUUCCAUCCUUAAUUACUUUGGAAUUCAAGGACAUGCCAUUAUGGGAAGACUGGUCUCAUUGCGUUGGGAUUGAAGAAGUAGGAGUUUUGUUCCCUCGUCUUGAGCAUCUCCUCAUUCAAGAUUGUCCUGUGUUGAUAGGAAAAUUGCCUAGUCAACUAGGCUCCCUCACAAAGCUCGAAAUCAAGUCUUGUCCGCAUAUGGAUGCAUCGCCCUCCGUCAUUAGCCUUCCAUCUCUCAAAGAAUUAAAAUUCAUAAGUUGUAAUGAGAGAGUGCUAAAGAGUUUGGUAAACUUGACAUCUCUAACCUCUCUUGUCAUAGAAGAUGUCUUUGAACUUACUUGCUUAAAUCAUGAGUUUACAAGCUCCCCAGUCAAGCUAGAGGAGUUAUAUAUCAAAAGAUGUGAAAAGUUAACUUACUUAUGGCAAGACAGAGAUGUAAUCCAAAAUCUUGUUUGUCUGAAGAGGUUAGUUGUUGACAGGUGUCCUGAAUUCAUGUAUCUUGUGGUUGAAGAAGGAGAUAUAGACUUGCCUAGCAACCUCGAGGCCAUCUACCUAAGUGAUUGUAUCAAAUUAGAGAAGCUCCCAAGCAAAAUGCACUCCCUUAACUCUCUUAAACACUUGUUGGUCGAAAACUGUCCAAAUCUUGUGUCCUUCCCCGAAACAGGUAUACCGACAUCUAUGAUAUCAUUACAAAUCGAGGGCUACGAUAGGUUGCAACAUUUACCCAGAGGAUUAAAUGUUGACCCGGAUGAACUAGGCAGCAUCAAUACCCGAGGGGACAAGAUGUCUUGUCUGCAAAGUUUAGUGAUCUCCAGCUGCAAUUCUUUGCCAACCACUCUGUUCAGCGGGGGCAUGUUUUUACCUAUAACCCUCAAGAGUCUCGAAAUUUGCUUUUGCCAGAACGUGGAGUCGCUCGCGCAAAUAAAUCUAGCCUAUCUUCAAUCUAUUCAAAAGAUUAAAAUUGUUAGUUGCUAUAAGUUGAGAAGCUUACCCAAAGGCCUAAACACACUCUUCGGCCUCAAAUCCUUGAGUGUGUACCACUUGACUGCACUAGAGCUGGAGUGCUUCCCUCCUCUUCCUCUCGGAAUCUCGACAUUUGAGCUUUACGGUUGUCCGAAGAUAAAAUCGUUACCUAAUCAGUUGCAUCGGCUCACGAGUCUUCGACAUCUGGAUAUUAAUGGGUGUGAGAGUAUCACGCGCUUCCCCAAGGGAGGAUUGCCGCCUCAGCUAGAGAGCCUUUGGGUACUUGAAUGCGAGAAUAUGAAGCAGCCGGUGAGGGAGUGGCUUACCCCGCUCACCUCCCUUCGACGUAUGAUUAUCGACGGCAGCGUAGGAGGAGUGGGAGAGGAGGAGGAUCUUGUGCUUCCGCUCCCUUCCUCUCUACUCGAUCUCUAUAUCAACGAUAUGGGGAAAGUGGAAAGACUGUCCAGCAGUCUCCCUCCCUCUCUCCAGUUCUUAAACUUAUGGAAUUGCCCGAAGCUAAGGGAGUUGCCUCAGGAUGGCUUCCCUCCCUCCCUAGAACUACUCCGGAUCAUGAAUUGCCCGAUUCUGGAGGAGCGAUGCAAGAAAGGGACCGGCUACUAUUGGCCCCUCAUCCGCGAAAUCCCGCAAGUUUCAUUGACUGAUGACCCCAACAAGUCAAUUACUUGAAAAAAAGGAUUCGGACUCUGAAUAUUCUACGCGGAAAAGAUUAGGUAUUUUUAAUGUCUGAGCCUUGGCUCUUUUUGAAGAAGGGGAUUCCAUAGCAUCAAUGACCUCCGCUUUUCCCUCUGUCGUCUCUGCACCUCGAUCGCCUCCCUAGGCUCCGCCUCUCCACUCGGUCGUCAUCCUCACCUUAGAUCACCCCAAGUCUCCAUCUCCCGAAGAUUCCUAUGCCUCUGACAUACUAUUUCCAUUCAAAAAUCAAGAUUACAUUGGAAUUCCCCCUUUGAUGAAGUUUGUCGGUACGGCACAGGGACCCAUGGAAAGGUCUAUGUUAAGUCUAGGAGUUAGAAGGAGGAGGAGGAGAAGCUGCUUUGGAAUCAAAGAUGCAUAGCCAUGGACUCUGGAGACACUGGUUGCCAAAGUUAAAGGGUGAGACUUCAAGAGUUGUUCAAUGAAGAAGGGUGUGAGGCAAAGCUACGGUUGAAUAAAGAUGUGAAGCCUUACAUGUACAUUGUAGAUUUUUAUCUCAAGACUCCAUUUAAGGACGGUCCUGCCACAAGAAAGGAGAUAUCUUCACUGGAGGCAGUGGUGGAGCACAGGUUGUUCUUGGACAUGGCAACCCCUAUGAUUAUGGGGAAUGUGGAAAGACUGUCCAGCAGUCUCCCUUCCUCUCUCCAGGCCUUAUGGAUCUUCCAUUGCCCGAAGCUGAGGGAUUUACCCUAAGAUGGCCUCCCUCCCUCCCUAGAACAACUCUGGAUCUUCAAAUGUGGAAUUCUGCAGAAGUGAUGCAUGAAACAGUAUCGGCACCUCAUCAGCAAAACCCCAGAAAUUGUAUUAUAGGUAUAAUAAAUUUCUGAGCUGGCUAUUUGAAAAGGGUGUGUAUUUUAAUUUUAGACCAAAAAUUAUGUGUACUUAACAAGUGUGUUUUUUCUGUUUCAUCAGAUUUUUAGUGAGCUGAAGCUUUUGGGCAUAGGGUUCAUCUCCUUCCCCAUUGUUGUCUGCACCUCAAUUACCUCUGCUUCCACUCUCCGCUCCAUCGUCCUCACCUCCAUCUCCCUCUUUCUGCACCGCCACUCCUUCAGCUCUCCCACAACAAGGAUGGGGUAUGGAGAAGUGUCUAUUACACUUACAAUCUGGGGCUCAUCAUGAUACUAUUUGGUUCUUGAUGUUGCGAGAAGCUGUUCAAUUUGGGAAUUCUGAUGUUGAUAGGUGCAACUUCAAGUGUUGUUCAAUGAAGGAGGGCAUGAAGCAAAGCUACUGUUGAAUGAAGAUGGGAAGCUUUAUGUGAUGGAUGACUCAAAUUACAUUGUAGACUUGUAUUUCAAGACUCCAAUUAAGGACGGUCCUGCAGCAGGAAAGGAGAUGUCUUCGCUGGAGGGAGUGAAGGAGGAGGGGUUGUUCUUGGACAUGGCAACCACUGUGAUUAUGGGGAACAUGGAAAGACUGUCCAGCAAUCCCCCUUCCUCUCCGGACCUCAUGGAUCUUUCAUUGCCCGAAGCUGAGGGAGUUACCCCAGGAUGGCCUCCCUCUCUCCCUAGAAAGACUCGGGAUCUUCGGAUGUGGGAUUCUGCAGAAGCGAUGCACAAAACGCAAAUUUUUAGUGAGUUGAAGCUUUUGGGCAUAACUAGGGUUCGUCUCCUUCCUCCAUGUUAUCUGCGCUGCAGCUAAAUCACCUACCUCUGCUUCUUUGGCUCUCCACACCAUCAUCCUCACCUUCAUUUCCCUCUGUCACGCCGCCACUCCAUCAGCUCUCCCAUGACAAGGACAGGGUACGAAGAAGUGCCUAUUACAAACUUGGAAGUACAAUCUGGUGCGACUUCAAGAGUUGUUCAAUUAAGAAGGGUGUGCGAGGCAAAGCUACAGUUGAAUGAAGACAGGUAGCCUUACGUGACAGAUAACUCAAACUACAUUGUAGAGUUGCAUUUCAAGACUCCAAUUAAGGACGCCCACUGCAGGAAGGAGAUAUCUCCGCUGGAGGGAGUGGUGGACCAUGGGUUGUUCUUGGACAUGGCAACAGCUGUGACUAUUUCCAGUAAAACUGGUGUAGAUGUGAAGGCGAAGUAACAUUUUUGCCCAGCAGUCACCUUGGUGAGAAUUGUAAUCUUCAUUAGAUUCAAAUAGAUUGUAUCUUGCAUCUUUUUGAUGUGUAAUCAUGUUUAAUUUGUUCUAAACAACUCAAAUGUCCAGAUGGGUCCUCCCAUGCUUUAAGUGUAAAUCAUUCAAUUUGCGGCAGCCCUCAUAACGCUCAUUAUCAAGCCAUUUUGAAUAUACUUUGCUCA